CUACGUGCAUACGUACAUAUAGCAGUAUGGGAUUGAAGGACAGUUUCAUGAAGAGUUCGAUCCUCACUAAAGUCUGCCUGGUUCUUCUGGUGUUGGCUCAGAUCUGUAGCUGGAUUGCUUUCACUGUUCCUGAGUGGGGGAGGAAAUACACUAAUCCAUUGUUGAGUACUGAUGGUGGAUACACAGGACUUGGUCUGUGGAGGAUUUGUACUCGGGCUGCCUCCAAUCUCUACUCAGGCCCUUCGGGCUGUUCUCCUUUAGAUGGGACUCUGUUAGAUUGGUACACAGCUGUGCAGGCUCUCUCCAUUUUUGGCUUCGUCGGCAUCAACAUUGCCUUCAUCAUCGUCGUGUUGCAAGUGUUCACGUCCAAGUGUGAUGACGUUACCGACAUCGGGUUCUGGAACGCUAUACAGAGUAUUGUCACAGCUAUAUGUUACCUUCUAGCGGUGAUCGUGUUUGGAGCUGAGUUUGACAACGGGUAUUUCCGUCAACCGAUUACCCGAACGGUCAAGAUCGGAGAGCUGGGGUUCAGCUUCGGCCUGGCUAUCGUGGCUCUGUUACUGGAGGGUGUGGCUGGGGUACUGAUGCUGGUGGAGAGCAAGAAGGGGAAAGGAACAUCGCCGGUGUAGAGCUGAAGUCGCAUAUGUCGUAUUUAUGUUACAGAUAAUGCUAUUUAUCUUCAUGAGGUUACAAAUGGUAUACCAGAUGUUUAGGUGGCAUAUCCCGCACACAUUGAAGGAUCUGUGUUAUUCAAGAUUUCAGUAAAGCUUAAUAAAAUAGAUAUUUUGGAA